AAGGAACUCAUGUCUCUGCUCGGGACCAAACUCGCCAUGUCAUCCGCCUGCCAUCCGCAGACUGAUGGACAGACCGAGCGCCUCAACCAAAUUGUAGAGCAACUUCUCCGCGCAGCAUGCAAAGACGAAAUUUCUAAAUGGGACUUGCAUCAGCCUGUCCUGGAGUUUGCCUACAACAAUGCCACUCACGCCGCUACUGGACAGACGCCGUUCUUCCUCUGCUACGGACGCCACCCGCUCACGCCACAAAAACCGACAGCAUUAGCUACAAUUCACAACGCCUUCCAUGUCCAACUUCUGAAGCCCUAUCGUGACCCUAACACGGUCUUCACCGGACGCCAACCGCCGCUGCCGCCACCCAUCCUCGUCCACGAUGAACCCGAGUACGAGGUCGAGUCCGUGCUCGCACACCGCCGUCGUCGGAAUGGCACCAUGGAGCUUCUCAUCCGUUGGAAGGGUUAUGAUCAUUUUGAGGACACUUGGGUUCCUGAAUCCGAGAUGGGUAACGCCCGUGGUCCUCUUCGCGACUACCUUGUCAAGCAGGGUGUUACUUCAACCACCCAGCUUUGAGGGGGGGAAGUGUGAGAGUACGA